AUGAGUUCUCAAGGUUCUGUGAACAACGACGACAUCGUUAACAACAACGGUGAUAACGGUGACUACGACGAUUACCUAAACCCGCAAACGCACACCUAUUUCAGGGAUCGUGUCACUGUUGCCGUGGAGCCGCCAAACACAGAAGAGAUGAGUGAAAAGAAGAAAAACGAGAUCAAAGACUUUUUUAAUUGCAGGUAUGUCUCUGCCUGCGAAGGUGCUUGGAGGAUUUUUACUUUUGAUAUUCACUAUAGAUCAACACCGGUCGAGAGAAUCCAGUUUCAUUUACCAGGGAAACAAAUCAUAGUUUUCAAAGAUGAUGACACAUGGGAAGAAGUUAGCCGGAAAUCAAUAGAGAACACUAUGUUCAUGGGCUGGUUUGAAUUGAAUAAGGUAAGUGCAGUUGCUCGGACACUCACUUUAGCUGAGAUUCCAACAAUGUUCACGUGGAAUAAAGCACAGAAGAAGUUCCAUGAUAGGAAAAGAGGAUUCGCGAUUGGCAGAAUCAAUUAUGCUCCACGAAAGAUCGAAGAGGCGUUCUAUCUGAGGGUUUUGCUUAACAUCGUAAGAGGUUGUACAUGUGAUGAGGAGAUUAGAACGUAUCAAGACGUUGUCUACGAAACAUACAAGGAAACAUGUUUUGCGAUGGGGCUGUUAGAAGAUGAUCAGGAGUAUAUUAACGACCUCUUGAGAGCAAGUUUUACCGAGACGGGAAGUUAUAUGCGUCAGGCUUUUAUGAUUAUGCUCAUGUCAAAUACUUUGUCAAAGCCAGAAGUCGUUUGGGGACACACUUGGGAAUUACUUUCCGAAGACAUUGAGCAUACGAGAAGAAGGUUAUUACACAGACCAGAUCUUUGUUUAAGUGAUGAAGAAAAAAAACAAUAUGCACUUAUAGAGAUUGAAAAGCUUCUAAAGAGUAACGGUUCGUCUUUGGAGAAUUGGACAGCUAUGCCUCAGCCGAUUCCAGACGUUGUUAAUAACAAUGUAUUGAUCAUGGACGAGCUCAGUUACGACCGUGAAGAGUUAGAUUAUGUGCUUCAACAUGACAUUCCAAGACUAACAGAGGAACAAAGGAAGAUUUUCGAUGAGAUUACUGAUGCGGUUUUUACACAACGAGGAGGUGUUUUCUUUGUAAAUGGAUUUGGUGGUACAGGAAAAACUUUCCUGUGGAGAUGUCUUUCUGCUGCAGUACGUGUCAGGGGUGAAAUAUGUCUGAAUGUUGCUUCGAGCGGGAUAGCGUCUCUGUUGCUUCAGGGAGGAAGGACUGCACAUUCUCGAUUUGCAAUUCCCAUCAAUCCCGACGAGUUCUCUACUUGCAAUCUUAUAAGAGGAUCUGAGCAAGCGGAUCUGGUGAAAGCUGCUUCACUUAUAAUUUGGGACGAAGCUCCAAUGAUGCACAAGCAUUGUUUCGAAUCAUUGGAUAGGAGUAUGUUGGACAUUUGUCGAGAUAGCCAACAUAGACCUUUUGGUGGGAAAGUUGUCGUUUUUGGUGGUGAUUUUAGACAAGUAUUGCCUGUCGUUAAUGGAGCUGGAAGGACUGAGAUUGUUUUGGCUGCUCUAAAUUUUUCUCAUCUAUGGAAGCAUGUAAAGGUUUUGCAUUUAACCAAGAAUAUGCGGCUUCAGUCAAAUAAUUUGUCCCCUGAACAGGCAAAAGAUUUGCAGGAGUUCUCACAAUGGAUAUUAGACAUUGGAGACGGAAAGAUUGGUGACGGAAACGAUGGAGAAGCACUUAUUGACAUUCCAGAAGAGUUUCUAAUACUCGAUAUUGAUGACCCAAUACAAGCUAUAAGCACAGAAGUCUAUGGAGAUUCCACUUUGUUAAACGAGAAGGAACCAAAAUUUUUUCAAGAAAGAGCUAUAUUAUGUCCUACAAACGAGGAUGUAAACAUGAUCAAUCAACACAUGCUGGACAAGCUUGAUGGAGAUGAAAAAUUUUACUUAAGCUCUGAUUCCAUCGACGCUUCUGAUAUAUCUUCACGCAACGACCAGGCUCUCACUCCAGAUUUUUUAAACAAAAUUAAAGCGUCAGGACUACCAAAUCAUAGUCUACGUCUGAAAGUUGGUUGUCCAGUCAUGUUGCUAAGAAAUAUAGAUCCUGUUGGAGGAUUGAUGAAUGGAACUCGGCUCCAGGUUACAGAACUGUAUGACUUCAUGAUAAAAGCAAAGGUUAUUACAGGGGAAAAGGUUGGUCGAACUAUUUUUAUUCCCAGGCUUUCGAUAACUCCUUCUGACAAAAAAUUGCCAUUCAAAAUGAGGAGGAGACAACUGCCUAUUGCCGUGGCUUUUGCUAUCACUAUCAAUAAAAGUCAAGGACAAACAUUGUCUGAAGUGGGUAUUUUUCUACCUAGACCGGUGUUUUCACACGGACAACUAUAUGUUGCUGUCUCCAGAGUGACUUCUAAAAGAGGUUUGAAGAUUCUUAUUGUUGAUAGCGAAGGCAAGCCUCAACGCAAAACAAAGAAUGUUGUCUUUAGAGAGGUUUUUGAUAAUCUAUGA